CUAGUACAUGUGACACCUGCUGACAAUUAUGUAGGUGGGCCGUCGUGAGCGCCAACUGCUGCAACGUCUUGCUUCCCUUUUUUCGGAAGAGGACAACUUUGUUUCCCAGCGGAGUCGGCUACGGAGUGCUUUGGCUCGUGGCAGCCCCUUUGUGCCGCAUCUGGGACCCUACCUGCGAGACUUGCUCCACAUGGAACUUUGUGCUUCCCAGAGUGAUCGAGGAACAGCAAAUGUCUCCCUUCUGGGCUGCUUGGGUGCUCUACAGAGCUCUUGCCAGCGCUUCGCUCUGAACCCAAACGCAAGUCUCCAAGCACAACUUAUGCAGCCCUUCUAUCUUGAAGAAUUACAGAAGUUCCUUCAGGAAGAUUCAUACCGAGAGUCUCUGCGCCUGGAGCCCCCUGGGCGACAAGCAAGCUUGACACUGCUGGCACCUCCAUCAGAACCCAGUCCACCUUCAGGAAGUGCCAACAGGCCGCCUCGCUUCAUUCCUGGUCAUAGAAAAGCUCGCAGCUUAGGAACUAAUGUGUUGCUGAGUGGCCCAUCAACCACAAGCAAUGGAUGGGGGGAUGCAGCUGCUCCUGAGCAGAAGGGCCGCCUGCUCUUGGAUGACAGUGUGGCUGAAGGUGCUGGCACUGUUCUGUGGCGGCCAGCAGCCCUGGAGCUCUGGGAGCCUCCUGCGCCACUCUAUGGGUGGGAGGAAGAGCUGGCCACUCAGCCAGCUAGCUGCCAGGGUUGUGUACGCAGAAAAACUCUUCUUAAAGAUGGUCGUCGACCUGCUAUGUCUUCAUGGCUGCGUUACUGGGUGGAGCUGCGGGGAAACUCCUUAGUCUUCUACUCUCCCAAGUCACUGCUGGCCAAAGAGCGCUCUGAUUUCAAGCGUCAACCCUGUAAGCAGAGCUGCAUUGCGGGCUGGGUGGUGCUCGCCUGCCCAGAGUCGGACUCCUUCCAGUUGUUGGACCCUGGUCGAGGAAGUCGUUACAAGUUCCGGCCAGCUGUGGGCAGCUCAGCCCAUGACUGGUGUGCCUGCCUAAGUGCUUCUGCUGGCACAACACUCUAGACUGCUCCUGAGGUGUGCAAUGAAUGCUGGCUGAUGCAUUAAGCCAGUGCUAUGAGCAGCCUCUGUAUUAUAAUUAAAAGUAUCAUAAAUUAUUUUGAUACUA